UUUCACAAUUAUGUUCUUGACAGAUGAUAAAGAUUGUAUGAGUUACUGAUGUAUGAAUUAUUACAUUAUAACAUGUAGCCAACCGCUGUUGUAUCUCAGUGCUGUAUUUAAUUUGGGGAUAACUGCAGUCAUUUUCUAAGUUAUAUCCUCGCAUUGUGAUGUAAACAAUGGAACAAUCAGAUAAUGCACAAGAUCCGAUAAUCAACGGCAAUCAUGUCGAGGAAACAUCUGGAACUUCAAAACAAAUGCAAGAAAUUGAUAAAUAUGGGUUUACUGGAGGCACACAAUAUACAAAUCCGGAUUCCGAAGAUAUUCCAGUAAAUAAGAUUCGGAAACGAGAAAUAAAAUGGUUGACAAUGCUUGAUAAUUGGGAUUUGUGGAUGGCCAAAAAGUUUUCCAAGGUUAAACAAAGAUGCAGAAAAGGAAUUCCAUCUUCACUCCGUGGCAGAGCAUGGCAGUUAUUGUGUGGAAGCAAUUUACUACAAAGACAAAAUGUUGGAAAAUAUGAGGAGCUGCUAAAGACUGAAGCAGCAUCGAACGCGGUCGAGGAUAUCGAAAAAGAUCUUCAUCGGCAGUUUCCCUUCCAUGAAAUGUUUGCGAAGAAGCACGGAACUGGGCAGCAGGAUUUAUACAACAUAUUGUACGCAUAUGCUGUGUACAAUCCUAAAGAUGGAUACUGUCAAGCACAAGCACCAAUUGCAGCAGUGUUACUCAUGCAUAUGCCUGCAGAGGAAGCAUUUUGGUGUAUGGUUGCAAUGUUUGACUUUUACAUACCAGGAUAUUUCAGCCCAGGUUUGGAAGUGGUGCAAGUUGAUGGAAAUGUAAUGCAAGGUCUUUUACGCUCAGUUUGCCCUAUUAUAUAUAAACACAUGGAAAAACACCACGUCUCACCGAUGCUAUACUGCACAGAAUGGUUCAUGUGUAUAUUUGCACGGACAUUACCGUGGCCUUCUGUUCUUCGACUGUGGGACAUGUUCUUUUGUGAAGGUGUGAAGAUUGUUUUUCGUUGUGGACUUGUUCUUUUAAAAAGCACACUCGGUACACCAGAUAUGCUGAAACAACUUCCCGGUUUGUACGAAACUAUGGAGAAGUUACGGAAGUUAAAUCCAAAAUCUAUGCAACCCGAUGUCCUUAUGAAUGAGAUUAUCGAUCUCAAAGUCACCGAGUCCGAUUUAGAAAAUGAACACCGGAGGCAGCAGAAACAAUGGAAGAGCCAGCAGCCUCCGUUACGUGCAGUCAAGCGUAUCUAUCGUUACACCCCAACCCACCAAUAUAAUUUAUCUUCAACGAAAACAGGGAAAGUUUCCAAACAGAAACUGAGUGCAGUAAGCAUGAACACCCCACAAAUAAUGGAACAAACAAGAUCGCUUGAGAAGAAAACAAGCCGUCGUUCUAAGGAACCAGUCAAACAUGACCAACCGAGAGUCGAACUAAAAAAUUACAAACGAAAUUUAAACGGAUCGAAUGCGGAUAUAUCCUACUUAUAUGCUGAUGGUCAUUUAUCCAGUAGUGUUGCCACUGAGGUUCGUUCUACGAGUAACGGUUCCAUCAAUAAAGCUGGUCUGGAAACACUGCAAACAGACGUAACAGAUAAUGUGGCGGGAAACACUGAAAAUUCAAAUUUCUGACAAAAUUCUCGAGAUUUUCCGCAAGUUCCUGAUCCCGCAACGUCUUCCACGUAAAACACGUUGAUCUACGUUUUUUUUAUAAAAAAUAUCAUUUAUAUUUAUACCUUUUGAUUCCAGCAUUCCUUGCGGUCGCCACUAUUGCGAUCUGACGUUGCUUUGUCCAAUUAUCGUUAAAUUGCACAUGGCACAGUUUAAUCGAAUAGGCACAAAUAUGUUACGACUUUGUGUUGACAAUUUUUCACUAUUUGGUUAGGUGCAGAUUUUCCAACACAAAAUCAGUUGUGUAUACUUGAAAUUACAUUAAAACCCUAAUUUAUUCCAAGUGUUGAUAUUGUAGCAAAACUUGGUUGUAAACAUUAUUAUACGAUGUAGUGGUUAUGGGUUUACGAUUAGUGUGUAUAAUAAAAGUUUACGUUUUAAACCCUGUUAAAAACACUAACGUGGAAAUAACUGCAACACAUAGUCUGUAUUAUUAAUAAAUCUCCACUAUUCCCUAUUUCCGCUUUGAUCAUGACCUUAUUUUAUUCCACAACUCAUAUUUCCCUAUUCAAACAAUGAGUGCAUGUAGAAAUAUCCUGUUUAUGAAGAGCCACUACGCUCUGUGAUUUAUAGUUAGAACCAAAGUUGUAUUUCUUAGUCUUUAUAUCACAUUGUGACUUCUUGAAUUUCCUAUUAUUCCUACAUUACCCUACUUUAAGUGGUGCGAUUGUAUUAUUACCAGCAAAGCAUCGAUAAAGCUGCGCAAACUCUUUUCUUUUAAACACUUUAGUGUGCAAUUAUGUGCGUUGUUUUUAAUAAAUUGUUCAUUUUCAUAGCGCCUGCAAA